CCGAUCACCGCCGAUUGCGUCUCGUCCUGCACUCGGCCGGCGCUUGUCUUCCAAUCGCCCUUCCGAGCAGCCGCAUCAUUAGGCCUUCGCCCGUCCCUCUGUACAGCUCCAUCCAAAUGAGCCGACAGGACCAGCAUCACCCACGCACAUCGCCACCGAAACGUCCGUUCAGGACCCACCGACCAUCGUCCGCACAUGGCCCCGGCACGCCUCGCUAUGCUGUUGUUGAAACGGCGUUCCCGCUUGCUUCUCGUUCGUGGGUCUCGGCCAAGCGGCCCUCCAGCGCCUCGGACGGCGACGAACAAGAGCGAGCCUUGGCCAUCACGGUCGUCACCUACAAUAUUCUGGCCGACAACCUGGCAUACCAGCACCGACAUCUCUACGACCACACAUUUGACAACCACUGGCUGCUCCAGUGGUCGUACCGAGCCCCGAGGCUGCUGUUUGAGCUCCGGGAAUCACAGGGCGACGUCAUUUGCCUGCAAGAGGUUCAGGAAAAGUACUUUUACUCCAAAUUCCAGCCCUAUCUUGCACAGCAUGGCUACCAGGGCCUAUACAAGAGGCGUCUGGGAAACAAGCAGGAUGGACUGGCGCUGUUCUUCCGCAAGUCCAAGCUUCGGAUGGUUGAUCGAGAAUACGUCGAGUACUCUCGAUUCACAGGAACAGAUCGUGAUAACGUCGGGAUAGUUGUCUUGUUUGAGGGACUCGACUCUGGCCAACGAUUUUGUGUCGCGACAACACAUAUCCUGUUCAACACCAAGAGAGGCGAUAUCAAGCUCGCACAGCUGAGCUGCUUGUUGGCGAGGAUCGACGCAAUGGCCACGAAGCACAGCCGAGAUGCCACGAAGGAUAUUGGAGUCGUUGUCUGUGGGGACAUGAACAUGACCCCGCACUCGUCGCUCUAUCAAUUCAUGAUCAGUGGCAGUCUCGACACAAGCGACUCCAGUCUGUUUCCAUAUUGGUCCGGACAGACGCCGAUGCCGCUUUGGCUGAGUAGGCGCCGACAGCUGACCGGGACUUCAUCUGCAAGAUCAGGCGCCAGAGAGCCGCAGCUGGAUCCUCGUAUGCAAGCCGUGGUCGAUGAGUACAAGCAGGACAAUGUCUGUGCCGAGGGCGACACCGAAUUUGAAUUGCGUCCGUGGCAGCUACCGUGGGCAAGAUCCCGCCCAAGCAUCGCUGGCCAUGUUCUCCAAGACCAGAGGCAUGCUCGGCAUCCAUUCCGGCUGCAAUGCGCAUACCACCCCCAUGUCGAUGCCGUCUCUGGCGAGGAGUACUGCACGACGUGGCACGGCGAUGCUCGACAGUCCGUCGACUUUAUGUUCUUCGGCACGUACAGGCCCGAGCUUGUCGAGUCAAAGCCGGAAAGUGGCCCAGCCACCAGCCCUGUCGGCCACAAGCGCAAGCAAUCGGCACCCGCAGGGGAGCAGCAGGGACAUGUGUGUGGGAACGAGCACCAGCCGGGGCGGAUCGAGCUGCAACGGUUCCUGCAGCCUCCCAUUGGCGAGGCGUGCCAGCCAAUGCCGAACGAGUCGCAGCCGAGCGACCACUGCCUCUUGGCGGCGCGGUUUUGUGUCCGCUAGUGCGUCGCACAAGGCGCGCUACGCGGGCUAUGGCGCGACGCGGCAUCCAGCCCCACAGUGCGGCUGUGCCGCAGCUGUGUUGCAGACUGUGCGAGUGCGGCACCCCCAACACGCGCCUGUGUGCUACACAGACACUGACAGCCUGGCCGCAGCUCUGCUGUCGACACAAACAGCGCGGCGAGUGCAGUGUGGGGCUGUGCUUGUGUGUCUCUCGCUGCCUCCUCGCUGCCUCCUCGCCGUCUCCUCGCUGCCUCCUCGCUGCCUCCUCGCUGUCUCC